AUGUCACUCGGAAAGAGAUAUGUUUUGGCAAUUAUGGUGGUGUUUUCCGGUUGUAAUAUGCAUUUUACAAGAUCUAAUAUAAAUAUUGCGAUUGUUGGGAUGGUGAACAGAACCUAUCAAGAAAGUCUAUCAAGUACUGGAAAUUCAACGACGGAGAGUGUUUGCGGCGGAGAGCACGUGGGCUCAAGUAAUAACAACGAUGGCCCGUUUAUGUACUCAAAUACUCAACAGACCCUUUUACUAAGCUCGUAUUACUACGGCUACUGUUUGUUUUCGAUUGCAGGAGGAUAUGUCGUUCAUAAAUAUGGAAUAAGAAGAACUGUUUCUUCGGGAUUGUUGAUUGCUGGAUUGCUUACUUUGACGAUUCCGUCAAUUUUAAAAACUGACGAAGGAAGAAGUGGCGACUUUUAUGGACUUUAUAUCUGCAUAUUUCUAAGGGCACUGAUUGGAGUGACUCAUGUGGUAAUUGGACCAGCAGCGGCGGGCUCAUGGACCAAAUGGGGCCCAGAAAGUGAGCUUUCUUUCCUCACAAGUCUGACAUUUUGCCCAAACGUCCUUGGAACGUCGAUUCUCAAUACUUUCGGCGGCUGGCUCGGUUCAAUCUUUGGAUGGGAAAGUAUUUUCUACGUGACUUCUCUAUCGAAUAUUACUGUGGGAUUAAUUUGGUAUUUCAUAAUUGCGGAAUCUCCUGAGAGCCAUCCGUCGAUAUCUGAAAAGGAAAAAUCUUAUAUUAUCAAAAGUCGCAGGGAACAGAAAACCAAAAGCGACCAGAAAAUACCAGUCUUUGACAUUUUUACUUCUCCGGCUAUUUUUGGGAUAAUUAUCGCCAACUUGACUUCAAACUGGGGAACACUGACUCUAGCUAUUCUCUUCCCAAAGUACCUAGCCGAUGUACAGGGCUAUGACAUCGCUUCCGUCGGUUGGAUGUCUGGCAUCACUUCCUGCUUGAAUCUCGUGGCUUGUCUGUUUGCUGGAAAAAUCUGCGACAUCAUUCACCAAAAAUGGAAAGUCUCACGACUCAAUCUCAUUCGAGGAUGCGUUAUCAUCGCAGGAGUUCCUUCUGCUAUGUUUGCUUUUAGCAUGUCUCUCGUUGGAUGCAAUAUUCUCCUAAUUCUAUGUCUCGUGUGUCUUCAAAAUUUCUGCAUGGGCUUCGACAGUGCCGGAUCAAAACCCAACGCGGCUUUUAUUGCACCUGCAUUUGCAGGCUUUAUCAUGUCGAUUCAAAACUGCAUGGCUUGUACCCCAGGAUUCAUCUCACCAGUCAUCGCUGGGGGAAUUUUGGACGGAGAAGGAGAUAUUGAGAGCAAAUGGAGAACGAUUUUUCAACUUGAAGCUGUUGUUCUUUUUCUCGGGGCUGUUGCUUUUUGCUUCUUAGGAUCAGCUUCUAUUCAACCCUGGGCAGAGCAAAACAAUGAGAAGAAACUCAUUCCAUCUUCUGAAUAA